UUUCACGCUUCCCCCCGAAGCCUUUUUUCCACCUAAAGCGUUUAGUUGCAGCUGACUGAGCACUUGCAGGGAGUGCAAUAGGGAGCGGAAGGGUCGAAUUAUUUUAACCUACAACUCGCCCCAAAAGUACUGUAGGACGAAAGAAAAAAAGAAAGAGAGAGAGAGAGAGCCGUGGCAGAGAGUGAGGGAGGAGUGGGAGAGAGAGAGAGGGGAAAAGAGGGAGAGGGGGACACUGGAAAAAGUUUUUGUUCUUUUCCUUUUUUUCUCCCUUCAUCGCCUCCCCCUGUUCUAACCGGCUAACAUGGACCAGGGGCCCAAGAGUCCUGCGCUGCGGCCGGGGAGAGCAGGACAUGGCGGGGUGAACCAGCUUGGAGGUGUGUUUGUAAACGGCAGGCCCCUCCCAGAUGUUGUGCGGCAGCGAAUAGUACAACUCGCCCACGAAGGGGUUCGGCCCUGCGACAUCUCACGCCAGCUGCGAGUCAGCCAUGGAUGUGUCAGCAAGAUACUGGGCAGGUACUAUGAAACGGGCAGUAUCCGCCCCGGGGUAAUCGGGGGAUCCAAACCAAAGGUUGCUACUCCCAAAGUGGUCGACAAGAUCGCAGAUUACAAACGCCAAAACCCCACCAUGUUUGCCUGGGAGAUCCGGGACAGGCUCCUGGCCGAGAGAGUGUGUGACAACGACAGCGUCCCCAGUGUCAGCUCCAUCAACAGGAUCAUUCGGACAAAGGUUCAGCAGCCGCCUGGCCAAACGGGCUCAGUGUCGGCUCACAACUUAGCUACGUCCGUGGCUGCCACACAAGUGUCAGCGGUGACCAGCGACUCAGCUGGCUCCUCGUACUCCAUCAGUGGCAUUCUGGGUAUCAGCUCAGCUGCUGACGUGGGCAAGAGGAAGAGGGACGAAGGUUUGCAGGAGUCGCCUCUGGCCAACGGGCACGGCCACAGUGGGCGGGACUUCCUCAGGAAGCAGAUGAGAGGGGAGCUGUUCUCGCCGCAGCACAUCGAGGUAUUGGACCGCCUGUUAGACAGGCAGCCAACCUGUCCAAUCCAAUCCAGCUCUGACCUCUAUGUGAGCCCUGACUCUGGCAAGACAUCAGAUUAUACGACCAUGGCCUCACUAACUGGUGGACUGGACGAGAUGAAGAACAGUUUGGCCAAUCCUGGUACAGGGGCGGAGUUAGGAGCCAGCGUGUCCGGUCCACAGUCCUAUUCACUUGUACCAGGUCGAGACCUAGCCAGCACCACUCUGCCAGGCUACCCUCCUCACGUUCCUCCUACUGGACAGGGCAGCUACUCCACCCCCUCCCUCACUGGCAUGGUACCUGGGGGAGAUUUUUCCGGAAGUCCAUAUUCCCAUCCCCAGUAUUCCACAUACAAUGAAUCGUGGAGAUUUCCCAACCCCAGCUUAUUAGUGUUUCAGCAGGAUUAUGGGUCUCUCCUGGGGACGGAAAUCGGCUGCUCCUCCAGUCUCUUCACCAGCCAGGCAGGACAGAUGCAAGGGUCACCGUACUACUACAGUGCAACAUCACGGGGGGCGGGCCCUGCUGCCACUGCGACAGCCUCCGCCUAUGACCGCCACUGACCCCCUCCUACCAAGAGGAGGAUGAGGAGAAGGAGACGAGGGAGGGAGGGACGGAUAGCACCAGCACUGCUCAGUAAAAACCUGCCUACGCACGGACGGCAAUGAAGAUGAAGAGUUCAAAUUUUUGACGUCAGUGAAGUUUGAGUUUUCUUUGAUUGACACUCGAGCCGACAAACGCACUGCUGAGCUGCAACACAGACAAACUGUAUGGGUAUCACAUUACUGUGCAGACACAGGCAUGGCAGUGUCAAUAUCUGAUUCAGAAGAUUUUCUAAGCACGCAAUCUGGACACUCCCAUAAUAUAGCAAGGCUUGGUAUCCCUAUCAUGUGUUUAACCGAUCUACAAGUCCAGGACAUCAGUGGAGCAGUGACUGGGCCGUAUUGUGAUCUUCUGGGUAAAAUGUUGCGUUUGCAGGUUGGGAAUAUUUUUGAUGAAAUUAUUUGAGUUGAUUAGAGCAAAAUCACUUUUUCAAACACACAGUCUUUUUAUGCCCCGACAUCAAUCAAUCAAUUUUCUAUGCCGUGCUACGGUGAAGUAAAGACAAUCCAAUUCUCAUAACUUUAAAUGACCAAAAUCACCCAUAUCAUUAUCAUUCUAGUCUCUCUGCUGUAGACCCAACACAUUUCCCCUGGGAUCACAAUGCUUCAUAAAUGGGCUUAAUCGGUUUCACAGUUGACCGUUUGCUAAGUGCCGCCCCCGUUAGUUACUGUUGCUAUGCCUUUCCAUCUCAGUUUACAGUGAUAAAUGGCAGAUUUACAACCAAAACUGCAAUAGUUUCGGAAACAAUGAGUCCUUGAUUUCGAACAGAGGUUGACAAAAACUGCUUCUAGCCAGCAACCAUGAGUUUUGUCAACUGAAAUAGCAACUGUCGCUGGGAGAUUUCACCAGCUGAAACUAGCAAGCUCAUCAAGCUAACUUAGCUUACAUACCUGUUCAUAUACAGUAUGUUUUCAUUUUCAGAGUUAAGAGACAAAAGUCUGUUAGGAUGAGGACUAACCAGUGCUAAUCUAAUUUAAAUCUCGGGGAAUGUUGGCUGGGGUUACCGAGCCACAAACGUGACAGCAUCCAGGAUACACAGUGGGUGUGCGAACCAAGACCUUGAGCUGUAACCCUACAAGCUAACGUAGUUGGUUAAUGAUGAUCUCAGAUUGGAAGCAAUACUUGGAUCCUACUUUAGGUAGCUAGUUUGCUGGAUAUGCUAAUGUUUGCAACUUAAGUUAGAGCAAAUGAACACAUUGGCUCAGAUUUACUGAGGCAGCAGCUCCUUAUGCAGUCAGCUCCCGCUUCAGCUCCGUCAGAGGAGCACAUCUAUGACGAUGCUAAGCUCAGAAAAGAAGUGCUAUAGUAGUGAUCUAGAAAACAAGUGCUUUUCUCCACAAUAUUACACGUAAUAUCAUGAUAUUAGAAUCUGCUGCAUAUCUAAUUAAUAAUACAUUGGGAGGCAACUUGUUAAUAGUGAACAAAAUAUACACAACUGGUGAGAGAGAGAGAUAGGUGGUGUUGAUGUGGAUAUUAAUGUUCAGGUAAAUGACUCAACCCUUCAAACACAGCUCGUACUCCAGCCCCAUGCACACUACUUCAGCUGGGACGGGCUUUAGCAAACGGUCAAUUUUAGCUGUUGUAGCCAACAUGACCCGAACUGCAUCCUAACGUCCACAUUUCCAUUCAAAGUGGUCUGAACACCACUCACUGACGGACAGGCCUUUCAGCAAAGCACAGCCUAGAAUCUGAGCCCUCUACUGGAAAACGAACAGCGUUCGUGUUCACAUCAGACCAAAUCAAAUCCACCGGGGAGUGUUAUUGUACAGGAAGGUGCUAUCCUACCUCCCAAGCCAAGAUUUAGUCCUGAUCAAGAGCUAUUUAUAAUGGAGGAGACACAGAGUAAUAUAUUAAGCUUUUCUGCGCUGCACUCCGUGAUGAGAGUGAAUGCCUGUAAUGAUUUAUAAUAUGUGUCACGCUGUCGUGCUAGAAUAGUGAUGAUGAUGAUGAUGAUGAUGACGAUGCAGUGAAAUAUGAAAUCUUAAAAACUUUCAAUAUGAAAUGAAGUCUUUGUUUAUAAAUAUGAUCCGAUUGCGAUUUUCCUGUUUAUAGUUUGUUGCCUGGUAUCAGUUGACACAGGUGCCAUUGAAUGACACGCCAUUUUUAUCCGCUUCCUGAAUAUUAAAAAGAAGAGCCAGGAAGCAGUGGCACUCUCUCUCUCUCUCUCUCUCUCUCUCUCUCUCUCUCUCUCUCUCUCUCACUCACUCUCUUUCUAUUUCUCUCUUUAAACUCCCCAAAGAUGGGCCCCCCCUAGUGGAUCGGCUGACUAACUACAAAAGCACAAAGAGACUCAAUCAUCAUUUAAAGGCGCCAUUUUACUUUUUUGACUUCCUUUCAGGACCAUUAAGUACUUCCUCUUCUGCCCCUUUUGAGUGCUUGUCCUUGUGCUGUUUGACAUCCUGAAAUUGUUUCUAUAAAAGCAUUGCUUUCGUGAAGAAAAAAACAAAAAAACAAAAUUGUUUUCUUUUUUUAAUUUUGUUUGUCUCCUACAUCAGUUCUGCGCUGUGACAAUGUAUGACACCAGGGUCGAGGCCUUACCCAUCAUGUACAGACAGUGUAGGACAGAUUCGCCCUUGAGCGCUGAUCUGAAAUCAGUGUGUUAUCCCUCUUAAGUGCUUGCGGGCCCACAGUGUUGAUCUUGCGAGGGGGCAGCAUCUUCCUAAACCUGUACGCAGCUUCCUGUCUCACUUCUGUCCAUACAAGAUUAGUACAGUAAUCAAUGAACGAGAAGAGAAGUCACAAUGUCAAUAGCAAUUUCAAUUACUCACAUUUGAAUUUAGAUUUUAGUGAUGAAGCUUUCGUUCCGAUAAAAAGACUAAGAGGUGUGUGGUGUUGUUUUAGCCAUUGUCUGCAAGUGUUCACUUAUCUUUUGUUUGUUUGUUUGUUUUGGGUUAUGUGUGGCUGCCCGUAGCGCUUCAAUGCUACUGUGUAGUUUUACUAGCUAACAGAUUGGAGGCACCAAAUCUGCAGCGUGAGACAUAAAAUAUAGCUAUAUAAACUUAUACCUAUUUACAAUGAACAAAGCUGUUAGUUUCUCAAUCUUUGUUGUUUCUGGGAUUUAAAAUAGUGAUAGAGUGGAUCCUUUUACAUUUGUAGACCUUAACAGUUGUGUGCACACAACUCUAAAGAAGAUUCUUAUGACGGCUCGCCCGCUGUGCUGCCAGCGUGCACCACAGCAGGAGCCUUUCCUUAUUUCUGUCUUUCUCUCUUGAUCUUUCUGAGGCAUUAUUGAACCUGAACCACACCAGCUGAAAACAAGGACAGUGCCUUUAGUUUUAUAUGUCAACACCCCCUGACUGACCACGCAUGACUAAAACAAGAUUCAGCAUCCCUCCCUGCAACUCCUUAAACAAAACUCUGCCUAUCUGCCCAUGCGAACACAGGGUUUAUAGAAAGCCUUCCACAAAUAUGGAGCAGUCAGUACUUUCAAUAGCAACUUCAGAUCACAAUUUACACGCUCUACCAACAUUUUCAUUGCACCUAGCCCUGAUCCAGCACUCUAUACUGGAUUUACACAUCACAGUUCUGCAUCAAUAUAUCCCAGAAAAUUUGAGUCGCAGAGUCACUCGUAAAAACAGGGAUAACGUUCAAAAUACAAACUCAUAUGAUGGAAAAUCGUCAGCUGGACAACCAAACUAAAUGUAUUCCAAGAAAGGUCUGUCUCAUUAAAGUCAAUAUAAGUUAUGUAAAAUCAGUGAUGCCACACUCAGUGGUAGCCUGAACGCGUAUCAAUGACAUUACAGUUUUGAUCACUAAUGUUGCUGCCCUACAGCCUGAGUGCACUGAGGGACUGUGGAGCAGCACUCCAGUCGAUGAGCGAGGAGGAGUGCUGCCCAGUCCGCAACCUCUGGGCCUGAUUAAUGGAGCUGAAAGUGCAAAAAACUGCAGUUCCUCGAAUGGCCACUUGAGGCUGCCUUCGAAAAGCGAGUCAAACCCCAUAGACCACCACAGUAAAAUGCCCAACUCCACAGUAGAAAUAAACAUGUUUAAAGCCUGGUAUAAAACGUCUGGUUUCAAAUUACAAUGUCACUUGACCAAUUAUAAUCUACGACACAAUGCCUUGCAACCAUAGAAGCCAAUAACAGUGUGAGUUGAACGUACCCCCCCUUUCCUUCUCACUUGUGAAGAAGCCAUGCAACUAUUUCCUUCAUUGCCAUAAAAUUUGUGCAUGGUCCCCCAGAGAAUUACUCUGGCGAUCCGCUGAUUUUAUCUCUGGUGCUACAAUGAGGUUAUUUUCAGUCAAAUGUCUCAACAACUGUUGGAUAGAUUGCCAUGAAACUUUGUUACAUACAUCCAUGUCCCCAUCAGGAUAAAUUGUAAUAACUUUUAUCAUCCUCUGACUUUUCAUUUUGCACCAUCAUCAGGUCAAACUUUACAAGUCUUAUAAGACUUUGGUUAAUGCUAAACUAAGGUGGUGAACAUGGUAAAUAUUACACCCACUAAACAGCGGCAUGUAAGAACUGCCAGUGUAAGCAUAUUAGCAUUUAGCUCAAUGCAAGUACAGAGUCACAGAGCCACUAGCAUGGCUGUAGACUCUCACUAAGAAGAUUUCCUACCAUCCACUGAGUUUAUAUUUUCAACAUUCAUCCGUGGCAGAUUUCAUGAGCAGGUCUCUUGCUGAAAUUUAAAAGUUCUGGGAGAUAUCCAUGCAGGACUGUGAUAUAAGGACCUGGAUAAAGGCUAAACAGGACCCACUGGCUUGAACAUGAGUGAACACUGAAAAAAAGGCAAAAAAUAUACAAAAAAAAAAAAAAACAACCCAAAACAAGUAAGCGAUGGAAAUAUUACACAAAUAAAAUUGCUUUUUUAUUCAACCAGAGCAUCUUCUAAAGGAACAACACCAUUUUCUCUGUCUCUCUCUCUCUCUCUCACACACACACACACACACUGCUGUAAACAUGAAGAAAUAGGGAUUGAAAGUCAUUCUCCUUGAGGAGGUGAAUCCAGUCGUGCCUCCGCCAAACCAGCCAAAUUCUACACCCGUUCUCCAGUGUAGCCAAGAAUCCAGUGAUACAUUAACAGGAUUAUUUGUUAACUAUGCAUCUCAUAGUGACACAGCUUGCCUUGCCAUUGCUUUGACCUAAUUGGUUCACAUGGGGAGAGAAUGAGUUCUCAUUGGCCCGCAGUCGUUUCGAUUGGCAGCCGUGACAUUGACUGCAGCGAUGAGGGGGGACCGUCGUUGUGGGUGGUACUGCGGGAAGCACGGUGGGCAGAGGCCACACACACACACACGCACAAAUAUAAGUACAGACACACACUCUCUCCCUCCCUUUGUCCUUUGCGGAGUGGUGAUCGCCCCUCCUCUCAUGCCCCUGUGUUCCCCAGGGGAGGCCAAACCUGCUGUGCCAUCAGAAGCUCAUCCCGUCUUUUCUCUCCCCCUCCCUCAGCCCUAAUCUCAUCAUAUCUCAUGCACUCGUCUUCCCCCUCUCCCUCCUCUCCUCCCCUCCUGUAGCACUGCCACACCACCAGGAUUAGACAUAUUAAAACUAUUCUGUUGAUUUCAGGCCUGUGACCUUCCUCAAAAAGUCCUCUCUCUUUCUUCAGACAGCCCCAUUAAUCCUUUUUUCCCCUCUCCUUUCUUACUUUUCUCUCUGACUAUUCAGACGUGAUGCUCACUGUCCUGUCAGAAAUUCUGCAUAGGAAUGAAGCAGUGGUGUUUUGUGCCAAAGCGAGGUCAUUUUAAUGGCAAUAUUGCUGCCGGUAUCUUUAUUUGGCCAAGAAUAUUCUGUGAGAUCCUAUCACAUAUUCUGCUUUCACUUUGUGUUUCUGAAGCGCAUUUAAAACGCACAAAAACACUAGUAUCAGAUCACGCCAAGACAUUUCAUUUCCAGCCAAGCCGCUCAGUUUACUAUCCAUGAAAAUACAAUCGCAUCCUGAUUUUUUUAAUCCCAGCUCCGAAUCAAAUAGAAAACUGAAAUAAAUGCAAAUGAGUUUUUUUCUUUAUUAUGAUUUCUCACCGAGUGUGCACCGCCUGACUGUAUCUCAAUAUGAAUCCAUGAAGAUGGCUACUGCCUUCAUAAAACCUGAGGGGAUUUCAGCAUCACAUCUUGACAGCAAUUAGUGGCACAAUCUGUUUCAUGCUUGCUGAUAUAACUAGGUUCUGGACAGAUCUCACACUGAAGUGUUACAAUGUUCUGUACAUCUUAAUAUUAUUCAACGGUGGAAGAGGGGAAAUACACAGGACUCAGCCUACGAAAAUCAACUGUGCUUUUUAAGCAGAUGUUUCAAUCAAAAAAAAAAAUAGAUAACAUAAUUUUUCACCUUACUGUGGCCUUUCGUGUAACAAUCUGGAGUUUCUUUUUGUGUCCAUGGCUUCCUAUCUGGGGUGUUAAAGAGAUCUUUAUAUCUGUAAUGUUUUGGUAAAAAAAAAAAUAUGAACAAACAAAAGACAGAAAGAAAUACAUCAGAAUGCAAAGACAGAUGCAACGACGAAAUUAGGUACCAAUGAUUCAGCUUGCUCUAUUCUUCAAAAUCAACGCGACAAAAAGAAAACAUAUCUGUAACAUUCACCAAAGCCUGUGAUGCCUGUUUUAAAUGAUAGAUUCUUGUACAAAAAAAAACCAUAUAAAAAUAGCAGAAAAGACUUACAAUUACAAACACAAAAUGAAGAUAAGAAAUGCCUUCAAAUAUUCUGGAGGGGAGGAUUUAAAAAAAAUAAAAAGAAAUGCUUCUUUAAGAAAAUGUGUAUGUUUUUUAUUCGAUUUUCUAGUAGUUGCAAACAAAACUUGGUGUUUUUUCUCUUUGUGUGUUGUGUGUUGUCUUAAUAUUUGAAUGUAUUUUACUGCAGUGCGAAUUUGCCAAAGAUAUCAUAUCACUUGAUUUCUCUCCUUUAUGUUUUUGUUUGUUUCCUGAAUUGUGACCAAUUUUGUUCAGAAAACUGGAAAUUAAUGGUGAAUUUGAUAUUAUGCUUAUUUUUCAUAUUUCUAUCGUUAAUAUUAUUGUUAUUUUAUUUCCUGGGUUUGAGUUCACUGUGAAAUAUUAAAUUGCAGUCUGCUUGACGCAUCUCUUCAUACUCAGUCUGUGUACCUGUCCAUCCGUCCACCUGAGUGACUGUUGUUGGUGAAUUAUUCCAUUCAUGUACCUGUAAUGUGAAGCUAAGAAGUAAUUAUUUGUAAAUAUUUGCCAUAAUUUUAUUGGUC